AUGUGCAGGCAGGAGGUCAAUGUGCAGGCAGGAGGUCAGUGUGCAGGCAGGAGGUCAGUGUUCAGGCAGGAGGUCAGUGUGCAGGCAGGAGGUCAAUGUGCAGGCAGGAGGUCAGUGUGCAGGCAGGAGGUCAGUGUGCAGGCAGGAGGUCAGUGUGCAGGCAGGAGGUCAGUGUUCAGGCAGGAGGUCAGUGUGCAGGCAGGAGGUCAGUGUGCAGGCAGGAGGUCAGUGUGCAGGCAGGAGGUCAGUGUUCAGGCAGGAGGUCAGUGUGCAGGCAGGAGGUCAGUGUGCAGGCAGGAGGUCAGUGUGCAGGCAGGAGGUCAGUGUGCAGGCAGGAGGUCAAUGUGCAGGCAGGGGGUCAAUGUGCAGGCAGGAGGUCAGUGUUCAGAGGUCAGGCAGGAGGUCAGUGUGCAGGCAGGAGGUCAGUGUGCAGGCAGGAGGUCAGUGUUCAGGCAGGAGGUCAGUGUGCAGGCAGGUGGUCAGUGUGCAGGCAGGAGGUCAGUGUUCAGGCAGGAGGUCAGUGUUCAGGCAGGUGGUCAGUGUGCAGGCAAGAGGUCAGUGUGCAGGCAGGAGGUCAGUGUGCAGGCAGGAGGUCAGUGUGCAGGCAGGAGGUCAGUGUGCAGGCAGGAGGUCAGUGUUCAGGCAGGAGGUCAGUGUGCAGGCAGGAGGUCAGUGUGCAGGCAGGAGGUCAGUGUGCAGGCAGGAGGUCAGUGUUCAGGCAGGAGGUCAGUGUGCAGGCAGGAGGUCAGUGUGCAGGCAGGAGGUCAGUGUGCAGGCAGGAGGUCAGUGUGCAGGCAGGCGGUCAGUGUGCAGGCAGGAGGUCAAUGUGCAGGCAGGAGGUCAGUGUGCAGGCAGGAGGUCAGUGUGCAGGCAGGAGGUCAGUGUGCAGGCAGGAGGUCAAUGUGCAGGCAGGAGGUCAAUGUGCAGGCAGGAGGUCAGUGUGCAGGCAGGAGGUCAGUGUUCAGGCAGGAGGUCAGUGUGCAGGCAGGAGGUCAGUGUGCAGGCAGGAGGUCAAUGUGCAGGCAGGAGGUCAAUAUGCAGGCAGGAGAUGAAAAGAAAGCCUUCAAGGAGGUGAAGGAGGUCACUAAGGACAUUGUGAUUGCAGGGAAUGUGGGCGCUACUGCAGGCGGCGCCCUCGGGGGUCCGGCUGGAGCUGCAGCAGGGUGGGCAGCUGGGGCAGCAGUGGGAGGAGCUGUCGUCCACAUCAAGAAGGCGUCUGACUAG